UGAUUGGGGGAAAUACAAAACAAUUCCUUUUUGGAUUUCUUCCCUUUUCAUUCUUCCAUAAACAAAAAUUUCUGAAAGAAAUCAAGAAAAGGAAAGCAUAUUAUAUAAUGGAAACGAUUGUCUUUCCUUUUUCCUCAAAGUUUUUGUUGGCUAAAUAUCUUUUGGUAUUUGCUCUCUUCAUCUCCGCAAAAGCGUUGAUUAAGCUAUCUAUAAAUGAAACCAUCCCCGCUGUAAUUGUGUUCGGGGAUUCCAUUGUUGACGCCGGUAACAACAACGAUCUCAACACUGUUAUUAGGUGCGAUUUCCUCCCUUACGGCCAAGAUUUUGCCGGGGGUGUUCCCACCGGAAGGUUUUGCAAUGGCAAAGUCCCUUCCGAUUUAAUAGCUGAAGAAUUGGGAAUUAAAGAUAUAGUGCCAGCAUAUUUGGAUCCUAAAUUGAAACCCCAAGAUCUCUUAACUGGAGUAACCUUUGCUUCUGGUGGCACUGGAUAUGAUCCUUUGACUCCCAAACUAGCGUCAGUAAUAUCGUUGGGAGAGCAGUUAAACUACUUCAAAGAAUACAUAGGGAAGUUGAAAGCCAUUGCUGGAGAAGAGAAAACAAAUUUCAUCUUAGCAAAGAGUAUGUUCCUUGUCGUAGCCGGUAGCGAUGACAUUGCCAAUACAUACUUUGUUCUCCGUGCCAGGCAAUUGCAGUACGAUGUUCCUGCUUAUACUGACUUAAUGGUUAACUCCGCUGCUGAGUUUGUCAAGGAACUAUAUGGUUUGGGAGCAAGGAAAAUUGGGGUAUUUAGCACACCACCAAUCGGAUGUGUGCCAUCACAAAGAACUUUGGGUGGAGGAAUUGAAAGGGAAUGUGCUGAAGAUUACAACGUAGCAGCUAUAUUGUUCAACAAGAAGCUAUCUUCCGUGUUGAAUUCCUUUAAGACAAGCAUGCCUGAUGGCAGAUUUGUGUACAUAGAUGUCUACAACCCUCUGCUUGGUCUCAUCCAAAACCCUCAAAAAAAUGGCUUUGAGGUUGUAGACAAUGGGUGCUGUGGAACAGGAAACAUAGAGGUGGCAAUCUUGUGUAAUAAGCUCAGUCCAUCGACAUGUACGGAUGUGUCUAAGUAUAUUUUUUGGGAUAGUUAUCAUCCAACGGAGAAGGCUUACAGGGCAUUGGUUACGCCAAUCCUUUGUGCUUUUUCUUAUUCAGACAUUGUGCCUGCAACAGCUUUAUGUUUAAUUCUUGUUUUGUUUAGCACAAGAGAUGCUGGUGGAGUUUGUCUUGCCUCAAAUAAAAUAACAUUUCCAGCUCUUUUUGCAUUUGGAGAUUCAAUAGUAGAUACGGGUAACAACAACAAGCGCUUUACAAUAGCAAAAGCUAAUAUCCCACCCUAUGGACGAGACUUUCCCGGUGGAGCUGCAACUGGAAGAUUUGGAAAUGGAAUGGUGUUCUCUGAUUUAUUGGCUGAAGGUCUGAGAAUAAAACCUCUAUUGCCUGCAUAUCUUCACCCGGUUCUUCAAGGUGAAGAUCUAGAAACAGGCGUAAGCUUUGCUUCAGGUGGUUCAGGAUUCGACGAAUUUACAGUGAAAUUACAGAAUGCUUUAUCAAUUAAGGAUCAGCUGAAUCUCUUCAAAGAAUGCGUUAGAAAGCUUGAAGGAGGCAUCGGACAGGAGAAAGCUAAUGCCACCAUUUCCAAGAGCUUGUUUCUGGUAUCACAGGGCAACAAUGACAUUGCCAUCACUUAUUUCUUAUUCCAUUUUCUACAUGACAUUGAUGCAUACACAACACAACUGGUUAACUCAGCUUCAUCUUUUAUUAAGGAUAUGUAUGAACUAGGAGCAAGGAAGUUUGCAUUUCUAAGCCUUAUACCAUUGGGAUACUUGCCACUUUCGAGAACAUUUGGUGGAGGAUUUCAAAGAAACUCUGUAGAUUGGCUCACCCAAGCAGCAGUGAAGUUCAAUUCUAAGCUGGAACAUGAACUGAACCAUCUUAACAGUAACCUUCCUGGAACUAGGAUACUCUAUAUUGAUAUCUAUAACCCUCUGGUUGAUCUCAUUCAAAAUCAUAAAAAAUAUGGUUUUGAAGAUUCUAGCCAUGGUUGCUGUGGGACGGGGUUGAUAGAGCUAAAUUAUGGGUGCAAUGAAUUAUUGAGUUCCUUUACAUGUUCCAAUUCAUCGAGUCAUGUAUUUUGGGACGCGGGGCAUCCCUCGGAAAGAGCAUAUAGGAUGAUAAUCUCACAAGUCGUGCACAACAUGUCGCACCAGCUUUUGGAUAUUUAAAUUCAAAGGGUUUCCUCAUAUUUUUAACCUAGCAACUAACUUCAUCACAAUUCAAGCAGGUGGAAUAUAAAAUAGGGUUGGAAACUUUUCUAUAAUAACACAUUUGUAGAUAAAAUAUUGAAAUGUG